CUUGACGUUUUGACGUAGAGAUGUUAGAUUGUAAAUUCGAGUUUUAUGAUUUUUAUUGUAGGUGUACACAACAUUAAGCAGGAAAGGAUGUGAGUUGCUGAUCGAAUUUUAAUCUAAAAAAUUUCUCCUGAAUUAACAUAUCUUCCAUUCAGAAAAAAAAGUGAUUAAAUUGUUUUAGAAUGGAUAACUCAGCCAUACAAACAUUGGAAGCAGCCGCUCAAAUACUAAUGGCACCACCAAAUUUGGUAACAUCAGAGCAAAGGCAGCAAGCACAAAAUGUUUUCCUGGAGUUUCGCAGCACAAAGAACCCUUAUCAACUGUGUAGAGAAAUAUUAGAAAAAUCUACAACAGAUAUAGUGCUAUUUGAGGCUGCAGGCUUAUUAAAAGCUGCUUUAAUUAGAGAAUGGAGCUUACUUUCUGAAAAUGAUAUUUCAUCAUUAAGAGAGUAUUUAUUCAAUUAUUUAUUGACUAGAGAUACUCCACCAUUUCUGAGAGAGAAACUAUUGCAGACAAUUGCAAUUAUCAUAAAGAGAGGCAGCAUUGAUGAUGGUGGAAGAGAAAGAAAAGCUUUACUAAGUGAGUUAGAGAAAAUAAUUCUUGGUUCACCAAUAAACCAACAAAAAUUAGCCUGCUCAUUGAUAUUGGCUAUAAUGCAAGAAUAUGCUAUAACAGUCAAAUCAACUGAUGUUGGUUUGAUUUGGGAGAUACACUUCCGAUUGAAGAAAUCUUUUGAAGCUGUGGAUUUGAAAAGAAUAUUUAGAUUUACAGUUGGAGUUUUAGAACAAAUAAUACGAUCAGGACAUUGUCUUGAGGGGGAACAAAUGAAUUUGACAAAGCAACUUUUGACUAUUGUUGAAACUGUGCUCUGUUGGAGUCAUGUAUCCCCACUGCUGUCGAAACGUUUGAUAGGAGCUUUUGAAGCUAUAUAUGAAAGCGACACUGCACCAGCAUUAAGGCUGAACUUAAAUUGGAAAGAUACAAUUAUGCAACCAGAAUUAUUAGCAUUGUUAUUUGAAAUCCAUAUGUAUGUAAGAACUAAUCCAGAAUUAGCUAGUCCUUCUCUAACUUGCUUGGUACAACUGGCAAGUUUGAGUGGAGUUGUAGUUUCAGCAAAUCAUAUGAAACAGCAGUAUUUAGAAAAUUAUGUGGCUAGUUUCUUGAAUAUGAUGACUUAUAUACAGCCAAUGGACAGAGAAAUGCUUGGUUUGUCAGAAAUAUACAGAAGGCUUGUUCAGUUUUUCACUCCUGUAAUGAUAGCUGGUCUGCCACCGGCAUUUCUGAUCAAUUUGAAGAAUUUAACUUGUCACUGUAUCAGAGGAUCUGUUUUAGAAGAAAUGGAAAAUAGUGAUUCAGUAUGGCGGGAAGCAUUGAGCAAAUUCCUCCACACAUGGAGUUCGAUUGUAAACGAUAUGGAUGGAUUACCAAUUGAAAAUUUAUCAGGGCCAUGUAUAGAGAUCUUCAAUACUUAUCUACAGUGCAGAUUAGCACCUCCAGAUGGAACUAGGGGCACAGAAAAUGUAGAUGAAGAUAUCAAACAUGAGCUAGAAGAAGACGAACGUAAACUGCAUAGCAAUAACUUGCUCACCAUAGGAGCAUUAGCUAGGAAGGCACCAGCACAUUGUUGUCAUGUCUUAUUUUCAUUACUACAGGAUAGAAGUAAAAAACUGGAAAGUCAUCUUCAACUAAUGCAUAUGGGAAAGUUGCCUGUUAGCGGCGGUGAGCAACUAGUCAACCUGUUUGAAGACUUACAUUGGAUUUUAAUGAUUACAGGUCAUUUUCUAGCAAUAGACUGUACGGAGGGUGAGACGAUAAUGAUUCCGUCAGAGAUCAUACGUUACAGCAUCUCAGAGCAUGCUGACUUAGACGCAUCUUUGCGAUAUCUAGUAGGAGUCAGUACUGAUACAGAUAAUGUUGAUCCUAUUCUCAAAUUACUUGGUGAAAUUCUUCGUAUAAGUUCAUGGGAAUGUGCGGCGUUGGAAGCUGGCCUUGGGACUGUGUUCAGUCCUGAACUAUCGGCCACUUUAUCGUGGCUUCUAAAGAUUUGGACGAACUCUUAUUUGAUGCCGCAAUCCGUUUUCUACAAUGAGAUGUCUCCGAUAUUGGAAUCAGCGUUUGGACGUGGCUCCCGUGGAUCAUCCUGGGUGGUGUCCCGGCUGGCGGCCCGAGCUGGUACCUGCCUCAGGUACCUGUCCGCUCAGCCGACGGCCGCCUUCCACGCACUCAAACUGCUGACGACAUUGGCCCACGCGCACCAUAAACAGAAUCCUUCGGAGAGCUGCGAGGAGUUCUUGGCGCUGAUCGCCUGGGAGGCGGCCGGAAGCAACUUGCCCGGUGAACUGAGGAAAGAAUUGCACCGAGCAUUCGCAAUCGCCGCCACUUACGCUCAGGGAAAUGUGAGGACCCGCCUGCUGGACAGCACUGAGGCGCUCCAGAAGAAGUUAAUCAACAUACUGAACAUGGAAUCCGACACGGAACCCGUGCGGAGCAUGCUCGCCGAUACCCUGGACUGCUUCAUCGGGGUCACCGAAGGUGUUCUCGAGGUCGGAGCGAUGGACGAACAGUUUGUGAUGUUAAUCGGCGCCUUAGACAAAGUACCGGGUAUCUUGUACAGAUAUCACAACUACCCCGGCGUUGUGUUGCCAGCACUGAAUUUGUUAUCGAAAAGCGCCAAGAGAAUGCUGCACUCGGUUCAACCUCAAAACGUUGAUAAGUUCUUAGAAGUAUGCAAUACUACAUUUGAAGUUUAUAAACAAUGGAAUUCUGGAAAGAUCUCGAGUAUACCACAAGACGCUGAGGAUGAAGUGUAUGAGGAUAUAUGCGCAAUAAUGGAACUGAUCUGUAGUAUAGCGCGGUCAGGAGCCCACACUAACGUUAAUGAGACCUGCGCCCGGGGACUGCGACUGUUGCUGCCCUUGAUCACUCCUCCGCUGUUGGCACUGCCGUCACUGGCCCAGCACGCAUAUCGAAUGAUUAGGGAUUUGGAUAAUUGUGAUCAGCUCACAAAUCUACCGAUAGAGGACUUCAACAUGGUGAUAUCGGCGUUACGCGUCGGGCUGACGGCGGUCUCGUGCGACGUCUCGACGCUGUGCUGCGAUACCAUCGUGGGCCUGGCGAACAGAGCGCGGACGCUGGGCGACAACAAUCCUUACGCCAUGUCCUUACUGACGCUGGCCGAACUCUUACUAAUGUUGAUAAUUAAAAUGGAAAUACCCCCGGACUCGAUACCGGCUGCCGGCUCGGCGAUAUACGCCUUGACGUGCGUGAAGCCGGCUCUCUUAGAGGGCUUAGCCAGACAGCUGAUCGAAGCGUACGCGGUCAACGACCCCGCGAACGUGCCCAGAUUAGAGGAGGCCUUCAGUCUCCUAACCAACGGUGUACUGUUCGACGGCCUGAGACCUCACAAGAUACGCUUCCAAGAUAACUUCGAUAAGUUCCUAGCCAGCGUUCACGGAUUUCUGAUUGUCAAAUAAACGACUCCGACAUAGUCUUUGUUCGGGUUGCAUUUUUAAUGACGUCAGCGGGGUUACGUACGCGAACGCGUGUGUGGCGUGCGGGAGUAUAUCGUCUCGGUAUCGUUUUCUUAGCAUCCGCGAUGGUAGCGCCUCCCAAAAUUAUUACUCGGAUGGAACUUGAAAAAAGGAUAUACGUGUGUGCUAUGUUUGAAAAGUUUUCCGUUGAAACAAUGAUGUACCGAAGAAGGCAUCGAAGAUGGUGGUGAGAUUAGUUUUCUUAUUGAAUUAAAAUGAAUUUAAUUUUUAUGUUUAAAGUACAGUGUUAGUUAUAAAGAGGUAUGUCCGAAUAAUUAUUGUUUUAUGAAAAACUAUUAUAUAAUAGAAAUAUUGUAAUUAUGUACUUUCUUGUCGACACGGUGUCAUUACGGUGUAUUACACUUCCCUUUAAUAUUUCUUAGAAGAAAUGAAAUGAAUGUGAAUUCAGAGGUUUGCUUAUUAUUCAAUAUGUAAACCGAUCCGGUUUAUCUUUAAAAUUGGCUUGGGCAGGAUAUCAAAUGCAUCUUACAAUAAAUACUUCGAAGGAAUAAUGUAAUUUUUUUAUAAUUUUUUGGUACUUCAUUUGAAAAAUAUUUUAGUUAUGAAAUUACGUGAGACUUUUUAACUAAAUGUGGCCUAAAUUAUAUGUAAUUUAUAGUGCCCUGGGACAUAUCUGUUACAAACUUUAUAUGAAUACAACCGUAGGGUAGAAUCUCACUGUAUUAGUAGCUUGCAAACGAAUAUGUUGCCCGCCACUCGCAAUUCCAACAGAGAAUUUUUAACGUGACUUUAUAAAAGUUAUACAAUUUAAUUAUUAUAUUUGUGCAGUUCGUACUUUAAUCCCGAGAGAAUAACUUCUCGAAAUCGUUUAAAACAAAGUUGCUGUGUACUUGACUAUUUCUCCGCUUAUUCGUCCUAAGGUUUUUACUAAUAGAAAGAGCGGUGAACAAAGAAGGCUAGAAUAUGAUAAUUUGUAAAUAAUUUGGACAAAAUUGAUGAAGAGAGUGUUAUAUCAUAAUAAUUAAGCAAGUUUUUGUAUGCUUAGAUGAUGGUAUGCAGAUGAACUUCACACGAGCUGACAAAAUUGACGAUUAAACUUCUAGAAAUUAUCUAAUUUGUAAACCGUACCAUUGUGGAUUCCCAUUCGAAUAUCAGUCUUAUGUUGACAACGAUAAAGCAGAGAAUACGUUUUACUACUAUUGUGGUUGUGAAUAAAAAAUGAUGACGUAUGCGCUUUAUUAUAAAUUUAAGUAAAACGAAGAAGCACAUUUUAAUAUUUGAAUCUAGGUAAUAAUGGUAUUUUAUCAAUUGAAUUGUAAUCUAAAAAAAAAGAUUUAUUCAAUUUAGAGCCUAUUUUUUAUGAAAUUCUAAACUAUGUAUAUUAAGGAAUUAAAUUUACUUUAGAUAGGGCUCCGUUCGAAAUCCGUCGGAAACAUCGCGUAAUCACAAAUGUUCCUUAUUAUACUGCAAUUGAUUUGACAUUUUUAAAUUAUUAUCGCCUGAUUAUUUUUAUUAGACUUCACAUUUGCCAGAAUUACCUUUAUACCUAUACAGAUGAUGGCACAUAAAUUUAAAUGCUAUGGCGCUUGUAAAUAAGAGUAUUUUUCAAAUCGUUUCCUGUGGUCUUCGAUCAACACUAUUGUUGAUCGAAGCCUGUAGUAUAUAAUAUCAAUAUUCACUAAUACGACACUCGAACUGGUAUUCCUAUUCGCAUGAGCGAUAAACAUAUUAUGUUUGUUUCUUUCUAUUUCGUCGUACUCUUCUUCGUUCCUCUUUCAUGUAGCGAUUUGAUUAUUUUAGAAUUCGAAUUUUAAUAAUAAACCUAUAGCCAUUUGAAAUACCGUGAUAUUAUAGGUGAUCACUUUUAAACUAAAAUAUAACAAUCAAAAUUAACAACGGAAAUUCUGAAACAAACUUUUUUUUGCAUCUCACUCGAACUCCGAAAAGUAUUUCGUCUUAAAUUAGUUUAUAAGUAAUCAUCUAUCAUAAUAUUAAAAUUUAAAAAACCUACGAAAACCAAUACAGAAUGUACGAGAACUGUUAACGAAGGCGAAACGGCAACAAAAAGUGCAUGACGUGUUUAAAAUAAAUCUUAAUUUGGAAAGUUAAAGAAAGAAAAAAUACUAUUCCAUUUUUUUUAAAAGAACUACAGAUUUUAAUAAAGCAUAAAUAUAAUAAAUACAUUGUCCUAUUGUUAUACAACAAAAUGAGUUGAAUUUAAUAAUACUUUUGAUUUUAUUUAUUGCCAUGAGAUUUUAUAAGAUUUUACUAAGUCUUUCCCCCCGUUAUGAGCUCACGUAAUGAAUGGACUCUGCUUUGGACCUAUUACGUAUGUCCGUUGCCCUGAAAAUUAAACGCGAUUUAGAAAACAGCACUAAGAUCUGUCCAAUAUUUCGUAUUAGGGAUUUUUUCAAAAAUUUAAUUUUAAUAAGGAUUGACUUUUAUAUUUUAUAGCAUUAAGUGAAAUGUUAGUUAAUUUUGAAUCAAUCUCAAUGGUACAUAAUAUAUUUAACUACGAUAAAAAGAUAUUUGCCGUCUUAUUGAUAUCUAAAAGUAUGAAGUUGUUGUUAAUGUUAAUCCGGCCUAACUUUUAUUUUUUAUUUUUCGUACUAUAUUGUUUUCAAUUUUGUUUCAUUCGAAGAAUUAGUAAUAUAAUUUUGUAAACUAAAUAUGAAUAUAAAUAAGACUGUGUUAACGUUUCCCAUCACAACUGAAGUUUUUAGUCGGUAAUUCGGAUAAUUAAUAUUUUGAUACGGACAGCUUCACAAAACUCGUCAAUUGAAUAAUGCUUUUUCUCGUUUGAAAAUUAUUUGAGUUUUUUCCGGAGAAAUUCCCAAUGUGGGACAUCACCUAAACAUGAUGGAUCUUUCAUUUGAUUUUAUAAUUAUUGGAGGCCUACUUUAUUAAGGUCAAGAAGCACAUUUAACAAGAUCAAGGGUCUAUUGUAAUAGUGGUUCAGAAAGUGCUGUAAAACUUUAAAAACUGUAUUACUAGUUCUUAUGUUUUUUAAGUUUAGAGUAGAGUUUUAUUUUUAAAGUGGUUUUCGACUAAAACGGAGUUGAUAACUUCUAAAUAUUAGGACUCGAAGUCUUUUUAAUUCUAACGAAUUCAUUACGUUCUGUAAGUAAAUGAUAAUUUCAGAUUUUUAUCAUCGCACCUUCCUUUCUUCUAAAAUAGAGGCUUUUUAUUGUUGACUACCGUGAUUCUAUUCAUAGUAUAUAGAUUUUGUAAAUACUCAAAUGUUUCAAUACCGAAACGAUUAUUCUUUUAAAAUAUUGAUUUCACUUUCAAUUCAAUAAAUGAUUUAAAUUUUCUAAAACUGAAUGUUGUUUCUUUUAUGAAUGUCACGAGUAAUUAUUGCAUCCGGCGUUAUAUUGGAGCCUCAUUUCAGUUAGCUAACUAAAGUUGAUACUUGUAAAAUUUGAACGUAAUGUUAUUAUUUGAACAUUCGCAUUCGUUAGGACAGCGAGCCGAACCUUAAUUUUGCCGUGUGGUGACAAUGAAUAACGAUUGCAAUUAAUAAAUUUUAUUUUGUUAAUUGUUACCAUCGUUGAAGCAUUGAAGCCAGUAGUGGCUGGAAAGAAAUGGAUGAAAAGAGCCGCAGACUGAGCUCACUGACGUACAUUAGGAGAAUCCAAUCCAGCAGUGGACAACGGGAUUGCUUAAUAUCUUUAAAGAUGCAAAAUCGUGGAAAAAAAAUAGGUCACAAAACAAUUAUUAUACAUAGAUUCUCGAUUUCUUCCAAAAAGAAGUUCAUAAAAUAUCCACAAAUUCCCAUUAUUUUACUCGAAAGAUUCUUUCAUCUUCAUUUUAUUAGACUUCUAUAUAUUGUUUUUAUCUUACCUCUUAUUUUUUACUUUUUGUUUUUUGCCAUAAUGGCUACGUACCCUUUGCCGGUCCAGUGGAAAAAUUAUGAAAUAACUCUUUGACAUAAUUUAUUUGUCAUAAUUGUGUUGUUAGCUUAUUUAUUUACGUGCUUACGGUUUAAAAUCAUUACAUAGUAAUAAUAUUUCAGUAAUCACAGUGUUAUUGAACACUCGACAAAUUAAUAUAAUUUUAAACACACGAAAAAGUACCUAAUAAAAAAAUUGAGUAUUCUUUUAAGUCUUGCCAAGAUGAGUAGUGCCUUAGAAUCGAACCAAACUAUUAAUUCUUCAAUGGAUAUAUCACAAUGCGAUAGUAAUGAAAGUAUGGAAACAAUCAAAACAAAACAAUACCUAAGAAAUUUAUUAAAGGCAAGAAUAUUUCUUGGACGAUAUCUGGAAAGAAGACUUAUCGAUGAACGCAUAGGGUAUCGCGAUAUUGUUCUUCUUAGUACUGCUGAAGUUGAAUUGAAGAACGACUUAACAGAGGUCCUUCGCAAGCUCCGUACUUUGUGUCCUAAAAUUCAUUGGAUCGGCAUUACUGACUCACAUGUUGUUGGAUGUGGUUCAUCAGGCAUGUGUAUUUGGACUGAGAUAGAUAAUCAACCACUGGGUCCCUUUUGGUUUCAGAUAAAGAGCUUAAAAUUCAAAGAGCUUGAGAUUAUCAUAACAUUAAAGUGCUUGCGGCACAUUUCCGAUUCAUUCUUAGAAUUGGAGCCAAUAUUGAUUGGUAAAUCUAACAAAACAAUAGAGAGUUUAGAUAAUAAAAUAGAAAACAGUGUAGAAGUAUUAAAUGAAACAUAUACAGAAGUUGUUGGUACCCUGAAGAAUGCAUUGUCAAUUCGAAAUGCCAAAGAAUUUUUUACAUUUUUACUAGCAUUUGUUAUUGCAAUAGUCACCGGCAGUGUUUCUUUUGUAAAUUUUAUAGGAAAUUUCAUUCUUGCUCUGAUGAGGGAGUUAUCCAUGUUAAUAAAAAACUCUACACCUAUGUUUUUGGGGCUUUUAGAUUUUUUUAGUAAAAUAGUAGGUGGAUUUUAUAUAUUGCUUGCAAUGUUAUUUAAACAGAAUGCUCCUGCACCUAUGGACAAGAGAAGUUUAGCACAUUAUGAUAACUAUGCUCAAAAUAAACAUUACAAUCGUCAAUUUGAUUAAUUUUAAUUCUUUGAAAAAGCAAUUUAAAAGGUUUUCUAAAUAUAUUGAGCGCAAUUUAUAUUGUUAAAUAAACCACAGAUUGAAUAUAAAAGCAUAGAUCUCAUUUUAGGAAUCUUAAAUUAUAUCAAAAUUUAAGGGAAAAAAAUCAUUAUAUAUGAUUUAGCCACUAAACAAUAUUUUAAUGCUAUUGCUAUUGUUUAAAGUGUAUUUUAAUAUUAAUUACAAAGUAAUUUAAAUAAAAGUGCAUUUAUGUAAAUGUAUUUAAUAUAUUUUUAUUGCAUAAAGUUUAUAUACUCUUUAAGAUAUUUUAUACAAAAAUGUUACAAUGUUGUAAUAAAAUCAAUCGAUUUUACUACACUUUUUGUUUAGCUUUAUUUUUCUAUUGGCACAAUGAUUACUGGUUUCCUCGACUCAGCUGGAAAAUAAAGGUGUUUUUAUUAAUGUGUAUUUUGUUUUAGCAAAUUUUAUAUGAUUAGCUUAACAUGAGAAACAAAGUUAGACUUAAAUUUUGUUAGACAAAAAAUAUUUUGUUUUCGACUUUCUCAAGGUAGGUUGUGACAUUUAUUCCCUAGAUAAUGGUUAGUAGCCAAAGGGCUAUUCCAAAUAUGAACGGUUUGGUAAGUGAGCUCAUGCUCUUAGUGCUCAACUUGGGAGGUUAGUUAUUUUGGUCCCGAAUGACGUCACACAAUGUAAUUAAAUUCAGUAGGUGUUAUGUAGUGCAGCUAUUUUCAAAUUUAUUAAAGAGUUCCAUUGUAAUUGGCUUAUGGUGCGGAAAAUUUAAAAAUAAAUUGGAUAAUAUAAGAAAAAAGGGGGGUUAUACUGCCCUAACGCGAGAUUAAAAGUCUGCCAAAAGUAAAGUAAGGCCAACCAGACGAGGUAAAAAAUGUAAACAAAGUUUCAGGAGUAAAAAACAUUUUUAUUUAAAUAAAUUAUUACAAAGUUCGAAUUUUAAUCGCUGUCAUCUGUACUAGACAAAGAUGAUUCGUCGGAAGAGUCCGAGUCAGCUGUGUUUAUGAUAAAACUAUCUACUGUAUUAUCAAUCAUGUUGUCAAUAUAGCUAUAAAAAUUGUCCUUAAAAUUCGAACGCAAUCCAAACAGGAAUGAACUUGUUCACAAAAUGGCGGACCAAAUGUUGACAACUGCGGUACUGUGCUUUCCUGUACCAUGAAACACACAACGACAGCUGUUGUCGACCAACUGACGCCAUAACUGCGCGUACGAGUGAUAAGGACAGAGAUAAUAAUCCCUCGCUAUCGCAAUGUAACUCAGUAACGGUCCGCUUGUUUACGUUUAUUAUCUCGUCUGGUUGGCCUAAGUUUAGAUUAGUUUUGUAAAGUAUAUAAUGUGAAAAUAGCGGCAAUAUACAUAUUACAAUGCAAUAACGGCCGUCUGGUGUAGUGGUAAGUGACAUGGUCACUACAUAAGGGGGUCGCGGGUUCAAAUCCCGCCAAGGGAAGAUAUUUGUAUGAUAAAUAUAAAUGUCUUUUCCAGGGUUAUGGAUGUAUAUUCAAUAUAUGUAUGUGUAUAAUAAAAAUCUUACAUUUAUUUCCGUUAUCUGGUACCUGUAACACAAGUACUUUACGAACUUAUCACGGGACCAGUUAACGUGGCGUGAUUGUUAGUAAAUAUUAAUUAAUUUAUUAAAAAAAAAAAAAAAAAAAAAAAAAAAAAAAAAAAAAAAAAAAAAAAAAAAAAAAAAAAAAAAAAAAAAAAAAAAAAAAAAAAAAAAAAAAAAAAAAAAAAAAAUUAAA